UUGAGAGCAAAACAACAAUGGUGUAGUUUGGUAAAUAAAGACCAACCAAGACAGUGCUACCAAAGUAGCUUGCAGUAUUGACAAAUCAAAAUCAUUGCCUCAAGAUCACCAAGCAAUUUGCACCUCAUUAUAACUGGACUAUUCAAUACCACUGGUAGCUGAAAAGAACUCUGUGAUAUUGUUCUUGUCUCAUGUAGGCCUAUACGGAAUUGCAACAGAUACAGAUACCGAUUUCCGGCCGCUUCCCUGGUGUCGCAUCCGUCAUCACCUUACGAUCGGAAAAUACUAGUAGACAAAUGGCUACAAAUCGGGAUCCAGACGAAGUCUUGCCGUACAUAGAUCGUGUGAACUCGGAUCUGGCUAAUAAACUUCGUGCUCUCAAAGAAGGAUCGUGUCAACAGCUUUAUAAAAAGACGAGAAGCUUUAUUGGUGCUUUGCAACGUUCACCAACAGGUCAAAAUACAACAUAUGGACCAAGCAUCAACACAAUUUUACAGGUACGAGAUUGUUACGAUCAUUCAGUGAAAUUAGAUGGUGAUAGGACGUCCCAUUUCACCGAAGUCCUCCAACUGUUUCUCGUAUCAGUAAAAACUCUUCGAGAAUUAUGCGAUGAAAUUCAUAGCUGUAUCGGAGAGAAUAUCAUGGCCCUGACUGUACACGAAAAACAACGAGCUAAAGCCGAAAAGAUCCGAAGUAACAUCGAGUUUUGUCGGAAGUACCUGGAGGAGGAUACGGACUUCCACGAGUUGGCUUCUCACAAGACGACUGAAAAACUUCGGGGGUUGAACACCGGCGAGGUGUCGGAUUGGGGCGCUGUCCUCAACCUCAUUCCUGUUAUUAUGUCCAAGUUUCAAGAUGUGUAUAACGCGACUGCAGAUUGGACAUCAAUCACCCGCGCUGAAAGGAACACCAUCUUUGCUCCAUCUAAGAGAGUAAGUAGCUCAAGGGCAGGUUCAAGACCAGGUUCAAGGCAGAGCGGUGGAAGAAACUCAUCUCAAGCCAUGAAGGGAAACCAAACAAAUAUGGCCCAAAACCAGACCAAGAAACCACGAAAAACCUACGCUGAUCGAGUGGACGAGCGCAACAAAGGAAAGAUAUCUCUACUAGAGCGCCCUCCAUUUAAGCCAUCAUCAAACCCUCCUCACAAUCUAUAUCCCCAACUACACAUACAUCUGGGAGACCCUACUCAACAUGUCUGAAGAUUGUUCCCUUUUUAAGCCUUCGGAUGACUCGACCAGGGAUCGAACCCACGACCUUCGGGGCGGGCUGUUUACUACUCAGCCAUCAUCGGUAAUAUUGUAGUCUACAUUGAAUAAUCAGUCGCCAUGCCUUUGCUCAUAAUUUAAGGAUUUAAGCGCUGUAUAUAUAAUUCCCGAUGAACAGGUAUAUCCUGGCAUUUAAAACCAUUUACUUUUUUUUAACUCACAAAUUAAAAUUUUGUUAUACGCUUUGUUACUAUAGGUGAGGAUCGUUAUGUUUGAUUUUCGGGGGUAACAUUGGGCUUUAAUAUUGAGUUUAAAUUCUUGAAAGAAAUUCAUCAUGGUUUCGUUGUUGACAUUCUGGUGGCACCAUAAAAUUUUCUUCACUGACCUAUUGGUGUGGAUUUGGCUUGGAAGUGCUGACCCUUCUAAAGAAAUUUCAAUUAAUAUUUUUUUGCUUUUCGUUAUGUUAAGGUAUUUUGUCAACGUGACUUUUUUCGCAUUGUCUUUGAUUAACUGGCCAUUAUGAGCAUUUACAAGUAAUUCCGUUUUUAUUUCAACGUCUAUAAUUAGCUAAGAAGAUAUCAAGUUAUUUGAUUUAGUUUAUUACUUUGUCUUUUAGUGUACAUGUUAAUGGUUGGGUCGAUCCUUAUAGUGUGCACCGCAUACUUGGACCAUGUCAGCCUCAUUACAACGCUGCUUCUUUAAUAGUCUUGCCGCAGUGCUGCCAUUUACUCAAUUUCUUCUCCAAAAUCUUCGCGUUUGAUAUGGCACGUAAAUAAUCGACCUUAUAUACUCAUUCUGUUGGUAUAUUUUGAUAGUGAAUUAAGAAUUCGUAAAUGAUUUAAUUGAUACAGAGAUGUUCAUUUCUGUCAUACUUGUAGUCUGUGUUAAUACCUAAAACAAAAUAUUCUGACAAUUUAUUUAAUACUUGUUUAUCUCUAAUCUGAAUUUGAACAUGUUCAAUUCUGCCAUUUAUACGACAAUGUUAAAUGAUGAAAAAUCGAAGGUCCAUAAAGUAAUUUCCAAUUUUAGUUGAUACCCAUUAUUGUUCAUAUUCGUAUACAUUAUAAUAUCGUUAAACCUUUAUGAUAUAGAUCAUUAAUUCUUUACUUCCUGGUUCUGAUUUUAAGCUUAUAACAAUAACUCUGCGUUUGCUUGAUUACUAUUUAGAAAUCAUAAUCAUUCGAUGUCUCAAACUGUAUUGACUCUCUCUAAAUUAUUCAUCUGCUAAAAUCUUGACAUGAAUCAUAUUAGUGUUUUGUAAUGUACUGUUUAUUUAUUUACAUGUAUAUCUAUCUUUAUAUCUAUCUAUCAUAGCUAUCUAUUGAUCCAUCUAUCUAUCUUUCAAUGUAUUUCUACACAGUAAUAAAUAGCACGUUGUUUAAGCCUGUCACUCUAACAACAAGUUGUCAUUGUUUAAAAGUUUAAACAGUAGUUGUUCAAGUGACGGGCAUAAACAACGUGCUUAAAAUUUUAAACAGCGUUUUACAGUGUAUCUAUAUUGAUCUGCAUUAUGAGACAAAAUCCUCCUGAUUGUAUAUGUGUAUCUAUAUUGUGGACAUAUAUUGUUUUCGUUAAUGACAUGAUUUGAUACAAUAAAACCACACAAAUAACACUCA